AUGGAACAACUUCAACGUGUUUAUUUAAUGAAUGUAAUUCUCUAUUUAGAUUCUUUAGAUACUCUCAAAACGUUUUUAUUGGUAUCAAAAAACUGUCACACAGCGUUUACAAUGCUUCGCAUUAAUCCAUUUUACUCACUUAAAACACUCAAUGAAGAAAUGAAAAUGUUUUCUUAUUCAAAACACGAAACAAUACGAUCCACUUAUAUUCCUCAUUCUUUAUAUUUUCCUUCUGCUAACAUUCUUGAGCUUUCCCUUGUAUUUUCCGAAUACUUUGACCUUCUCACGGAAACUACUCUUCUCGACAAAAUCACAAAACUUUCCAUCGUCUUUUCUUUGCGAGUGGCAGACAAAAAACUUUAUUCUAACUCAAAUUUUGACAUUAAAAAGUUUCCAAAUUUAAAAAAUUUGAAACUUUACUUUGAAGCAGUCGAAAAUACGAACUAUUAUGGAGGAAUGAAUUUCAACGAUGCAAUUUGGGGCCAAUUUGUCGACUUCUCACAGUUUGAAGAUUCAAAAGUGUCAACAGUGUAUCUUCUUUGUGACGACCCAGACAGAUUUGCAUAUGCAAAAGGUUCAGUUCAAUACCUUGAUAGUGCACUUAUCUUUUUUAGAAAACAUAUUAAGAAGAUUUGCGCGUUGUCCAAAACACGAUUUUACAUAGUAACAGACUUCCCUGAACAGUUUAAGAAAUCUGAUUUAUUAUGUGAAAAUGCGACUUUUGUUUCAUCCAAAUUUUUGCCAACAAAGUAUAUACCUCUACAUCGAAAUAUAAAUCAAAACAAAAACGAAGAAUACGAAUUUGUAUCUCCAGACGACGAAAUAUCAAAAGAAAAAGUACUUUUGACAUACGAGUGUGUGAAGCGACCAGAAUCAAUUGAAGAAGUUGAAAAAAACUAUUCAAAGUAUUAUUUGAUGGAACUUGAUUUGAGAGGAACACGAUUUGGAAGUGUAUUUAAUUUAAAAGAAGUCACCAGCUUGACUGCUGUGAGUGUCUUCCAAUUAUAUAACAAUAUCGAUUUAAAACUUCCAAAUUCAGUUAAAAAGUUGCAACUCAGAGUUGGAGAAAAAAACGAAACACUUGUCGAUUUCAUGGACGUCAAAGAACUGGAAUUAACUGGAAAAUUUGAUUGGAAACUUCCUGGACAUUUAGAAAAACUCAAAACGGACAGAGCAAGAAAUUGGAGUGUGUGUUUACGUUUAAGAGAACUUGAAAUUGACAAUUGUAAAACAGAGUUGACAAAUUCCAUUGAAAGUAUACCUUUUUCUGUUACAAAAAUAGUAUUGGAUGAUGUUCUGAUUAAUAAAGUGUUGCUCUCAAAGAGCAACGUCCAAUCGUUGGUAAUAAAAAACACAAAAGUACAUCAAGUAGAUUGUUCAAAAUGUCUCAAAGAGAUUAUAACAGACUUUAAGAUAGAGACUAUUAAUAACUUUAAUGGUAAAGUAACAGUUUUACAAACAGAAGAUGUAGUAGUUCAACCACAAUAUGAUGAUUAUGACGAUUAUGACAAUCACGAUUAUCAAAAUCAAUCAAGAUGCACGUUACAGUAA